AUGGUGGAUCCAAACAUAAGCGACUGGCUUAGAUCACAACAGCAAAGUGCUCGCAAACAUCGUAUAAAAGUUAUUAUACUAUGCGUCGCCAUUUUGGCCGCAAUUAUCGGGUGUAUCGUAUACUUUACAACAAUCCAUAAAAACAAUUCUUCAAAUAAUGGAAAUAAAUCUUCCGAUUAUUUCACAUGGGACAAAAAACCUGUCAAUUUGACUAUUGUUCCAAAUACUGCAUACAAAAAAAUAUUUUAUGGAAUAAAUUAUGGUCCUGUAAAUGCUACUUAUCCUUGGUGCACAAACACUUUGGGUGAUGUUAUUGAAGAUAUGAAAAUAAUUUCACAAUUAACUAACAGAAUCCGGCUUUACGGGAUGGAUUGUAAUAUGGCUCAUUAUACUAUGGAAGCAGUCGUUAAGUUGAAUUUGAAUAUAACUAUUGUUCCCACUAUUUGGAUUGAUAAUAAUGAUACCACCUAUCAAAGACAAUAUGAUCUUUUAUUUGAUUUAGUCAAAAAAUACGGUGAAGAUAAAAUUGAUGGUAUUUCGGUUGGUAAUGAAGUUAUCUUUCGCCAAGACAUUCCUAUACAAACUUUAUAUAGUCGUAUAUCGGAUGUCAGAACAAAGAUAAAUUCUAUGGGCUUUAACAAAAUAAUGCCUGUUUUCACUACUGAUCUUGGUUCAAAUGUUGAUAAAGCCUUUAUAGAUGCUAUAGAUUCAGUGUGGGCUAACGUUCAUCCAUUUUUUGCUGGUGUUGAUGUAAAUGUUUCUGCAUCAUGGACAUUUGGUUACUUUGACGAAUUUGUCGCCAAAUCUGCAAAAGCUGCUGGUAAAGAUUCUCUUAUAUCCGAAGUUGGUUGGCCGACAGCUGGCGAUCCACAAAAUUCGUCUAUUCCUAGCGUUCCUAAUUUACAAACAUUUUUAGAAACUUUUAUUUGUUCUUCUAAUUCAAAGGGUAUUAAAUAUUACUUUUUUGAAACUUUUGAUACUCCUUGGAAAACUGCAAAUUUUG